AUGAAACCAGAUGAUGAUGUAGACACUACUUGGGAAGAAUUCAAAGAUAAAUUAAUGCAACAUUAUUUCUCUCCAGUUAUUAGAGUUGAGAGAGAGGCUGCAUUUUAUGCUUUUAAACAAGAGAAUCUGCACGAAGAUGAGUUCAUUGCUCGCUUUUUGGAACUGUCUAAAUAUAGUACUUACCUUCAGGAGCACCACAAUCCAAAAUGGAUGUGUGAGCGAUUGUUAGAGAAAGCUAGGCCAGAAUUGAGGACAGCAUUGGCACCGUUUGAGAUAGAGGACUUUGAAAAGUUAUGCACUAAGUUGCGCAUCACUGCUAGAAGGAUGAGGGAAGAAGAAGCAGAAAAGAGGAAGGAAUCCCAAGGCAAGUAUGCCUCUUUCAUGAGACCUACUGGGGGUGUCAGUAAGAGGAACAAUUAUAGUGUUGGAGGAUCAAGUAAGCGACCCCAACAACCUUCAAGGAGCCAGUUCAGUGGGCCUCCAAGAAACCAGUUCAAUGGACCUCCAAGGAAUCAGUAUAGCGGACCUUCAAGGAGCCAGUUUAUGGGAGGACAAAAUUCUGCGAAGGGUUCUUUUGCUCCUGCCACUAGUACAGCAAAUAGCCAAAGGUGUGCCAAGUGUGGGAGGAUGCAUUUGGGAAACAGGUGUUUAAUAUGCUUUAGGUGUGGAAAGCCAGGCCAUGUUGCUAGAUUUUGUGAGGCUGACUCAUUAGGAGCUCAUGAGAAUCGAAACAUUGUUCCAGGCAGGGUGUUUGCAAUGACCCAACAAGAGGCGAAUGGAGCACCAAAUCUCAUAAAAGGUACUCUCAAACUCCAAGGCUUUGAAAUUAAAGCUCUUUUUGAUUCCGGGGCAACCCAUUCAUUUGUAUCUAAUAAUUGUGUGCUGUGA